UCAUACCACCCGAUGGAGAGUACGAACUGAUGCGCUAUCGGAUCACAAAAGACAUAUCGUUUCCAUUCCGGAUCAUACCAUUGGUGCGAGAGGUCGGCCGAACCAAAAUGGAGGUCAAAGUGGUCCUGAAGUCUAACUUUAAGCCAUCGCUUAUCGGCCAAAAGAUUGAGGUGAAGAUCCCGACCCCACUCAACACCAGCGGCUGUCAAUUGAUUUGCAUGAAAGGAAAGGCCAAAUACAAGGCCAGUGAGAACGCCAUUGUCUGGAAAAUCAAACGAAUGGCUGGUAUGAAAGAGACACAACUGAGCGCUGAGAUCGAGCUGUUGCUGACGGACACGAAGAAAAAAUGGAACCGACCGCCCAUUUCCAUGAACUUUGAGGUGCCGUUCGCGCCGUCGGGACUCAAAGUCCGGUAUCUGAAGGUUUUUGAGCCGAAACUCAAUUAUAACGAUCACGACGUUAUCAAA